GCAGCGCAGCAUUGGACCAUGCACGUGGGUAAUGCUUCUCUCUUCAGUGUCUAAACGCAAAAGAGCGGCUGGCGAUUUGUUUUCACAUUCUUGUGAUCUUUCCCCUGAUGAGUAUAUAUGCAAGGUUCGCCGACUAACCAAACCCUUAGGCAACUACCUUUUUUGGGGUAUAAAUUCUGCAAAUGAAGAAUUAACUAUAUCCAUUCCUCCGAAAUACAGAAAUACCUUUUAUUUUGUACCUGGUCACUAUGUCGUUGUAAAAAGCCUUGAAGGAAGUAAAGUAAAAGGCGAAAUUACUACCCUUUUAUUGGAAAAACAAAUUACUCAAAUGUGUAGUGACGGGACGUGGUAG